UUUUUUUUUUUUUCGUCGUCAUGGCCAAAGCUACUAAAGUUGACAAAAAGGUCGACAAGAAGAAGGAGUCUAAGAAGGCUGACAAGUCUGCAAAGGCUGUCAUAAACAAGCCCCCUUCACCCGUUAAGGCCGUGGUUGAUGAGAAAAAGUCGAAAAAAUCGACAAAGCCUGUGAAGAAGGCCAAGGCUGAGUUGUCAUCGUCGGAAUCUGAGGAUGAAAAGCCCAAAGGCAAGGGAAAGGCCAAGGUGUCUAAAUCAUCGUCAGAGGAGAGCAGCGAAUCUGAAUCUGAAGAUGAAAAACCCAAGGUUGCCCAGGUUAGCUCGAAGAAGGCCGCUGUUCAGUCAGACUCUAGCGAAAGCUCAGAGGACGAGGAACCGAAAGCAUCCGUACCCAAAAAAGUUGCUGUUAAAUCCGAUUCUUCUGACUCUGAUUCAGAGUCAGAAUCGGACGCUAGGCCCGUCGCCGCAACUAAAAAAGAUGAAUCCUCUUCAGACGAAUCAUCAGAAAGCGAAAGCGAUGGAAAGGAGAGACCAUCUGUGCCUACACAGAAGAAGCCUAUACCUGCAAAAAAAGUCGCUUCAUCUUCAGACUCGUCAGACAGCGAAACCGACGAAGAGGAUGCAAAGAAACCCGCGGCUGCAUCCAAGAAGGCAGAGUCUUCGAGUGGCGAGUCUUCAGAUUCAGAUUCUGACGAUGAAGAAGCGGGCAAGAAGACGCAGGAAGACAAAUCGUCCGACUCGGAUUCGGAUGUUGAGAUGGACGAUGACUCUGCUAAGCCAGUUGUGAAUGGCAAGCGCAAAGCCGCCGGUGAUGACGCUGCGCCUUCCAAAAAGAUAAAACUUGCCAAUGGUGCUGCUGCUCUCGCUGCCACCGAUGAAGAAGCUACAAAAUCCAUCUUUGUUGGCAAACUUUCUUGGGGUGUUGAUGAUGAGCGACUAGCGACCGAGUUCGCUGAAUGCGGCGAGGUCGUUUCUGCCCACGUUCAGCUUGACCGCAACACGGGCAAGUCUCGUGGAUUCGGAUACGUACACUUCACCUCGGCAGACGCAGUGGAGAAAGCACUAGAAAUGUCUGGUCAUGAGAUCGACGGACGUGCUAUAUUCGUCGACAGAUCGCAACCCCCCUCUGCAGAUCGCACGGCUGGUCGAGGUAGGAAGUUUGGUGAUGAGGCAAGUGAACCGAGCAGCACGCUCUUCUUGGGUAACCUCAGCUUCGAUGCGAACGAGGACAAUGUGUGGGAGUUCUUCAACGAGUAUGGCGUGAAGAACGUCCGACUUCCAACGGACCGGGACACCGGGCGCAUGAAGGGGUUUGGAUACGUCGAGUUUGAGGAUAUUGAGGGUGCGAAGAAAGCAUUUACUGCCGCGCAAGGUCAGGAGAUCGCUGGUAGGGCUAUCCGGGUUGACUAUUCGCAACCGCGUGAUGCUUCUGGUGGUGGUGGACGUGGAAGAGGUGGAGGCCGUGGAUUUGGUGAUCGUGGUGGACGCGGCGGCGGUAGAGGGUUUGGUGACCGUGGCGGACGUGGUGGUGGCAGAGGAUUUGGUGGCGACCGUGGCGGACGCGGUGGAAGGGGCGGACGAGGAGGAUUUAAUCCUCGGUCAGGCGGUAUCAUGCCUUUCGAAAACAAAAAGAUCACAUUCUAAACCUGAUUUUCAUCUUGCAUCCAUGCUGAUUAUGUUCAUUUAUUACUACCUCGUCGUCCUCAUGCUGUUAAUGACCAAUGUCUGAGACGUUUACAUGGACGAAACGUGGUUACAUUCAGUGAAUUCGCACUGAGUGAUGCAGAAAGGAAGUUGGAUGGACCAUCAAUACAAACUAUCCGAUGUCUGUGUUGUCUGAGGCUUUGGGACUGGCAGAGGCUAAGAAUAUUGCCUUGUCUGUCUCGUUCAAUACUUCUUCAAGCUGAGCCAUGACCUCUUUUUCUUCUCUAGCAUCUUUAUGCUCCCAAUACAUCCUGACAUGA